AAUUUUAAAAGAUUUCUUUGCUAUUUAUUUGAGAAUAAUCUUUAGAAAUUUAUUAGAAGCAUUGAGAUUGUUUUAGAAGUGAGAAAAAGGGUGAAAAUCAGGGAUUUUUCAUGGUUAGAUCCUGAAGAAAAAUACCCGAAAGAGAAGGCAGCCUCUCGCCGCGUAGUAAUCCCCGGCACAGUACUCCGUUGUUUUCUGCUUUUCGUGUGAUUUUUGAUUUCUUUCCGCGCAACCAGCUAAAUUGAUUUUCCCCAAUUUCCCGCUCAAAGAUUAAUUCUGCUAAUUUCCCGGACGUGCAGCAAAGUGGAGGAUGUCCACGACGGAUAGUGCUGGCAUUUACCAUGAGAGACAAAUUAGGGAACUCUGUGCUCUUCAUGCGCUCAACAAUCUUUUUCAAGCCAAAGGCUCCUUCACGAAGAGUCAAUUGGAUGAGAUAUGCAAGCGAUUGUCGCCAAAUGAAUGGAUUAAUCCACACAGGUCAGUUCUGGGGAUUGGAAACUACGACAUUAAUGUAAUUAUAACAGCCCUGGAGACCAAGGGAUGUGACACUGUGUGGUUUGAUAAGAGAAAAGAUCCUUCCUGCAUAAAGUCCCACGAUAUUGUUGGUUUCAUCCUCAAUGUGCCGACAGAGUACAAAUUGGGAUUUGUUACCUUACCCCUCAAGAGGAGGCACUGGAUCUCAGUGAGGAAGAUUUCCGGGAAGAAUUGGUGGAAUCUAGAUUCGAAGCUCAGCUCUCCACUACUAAUUGGCGAUGAUUCAAAAUUGCUGGAAUACCUUCGGGAGCAGCUGCAGAGCAACGACAAGGAACUCUUUCUGGUCAUCAAAAAGGUCGACGUGGAGAGGAGUCCUAGUUUAAUUAGUGGCUCAAAUGAGACGUAGUUCGGUGCUGCUGCGAGGAUGCAUUUUACGGGCUAGCAUUUACUUAAAAAAUGAGGGAAAUGGGGGCUACUUGCCCAUUGGCAGGAAGAUGAUUGUCUGUGCCCGGAAAAUGGUGACAAUAUCGACAAAAUGUGAUGUUCCACGUACUUGUUCAACAUGCACAGCGCAUGCACAACUCACCUACAAGACACUAAUGAAUUUAAGAUGUAUAAAUUAUUGUUGAAGAACUUAAAUGGGGCGCUUUUUCUUAA